AUGUAUCCCGUCCUCGCAGCAUUGCUCCUCUCCCGCGUCUGGGCAUCUCCCGUCGGUCUGCGGGCAGAAACACCAACACUGGCCGUUCCCGCGCCCACCGAGCCACCGAGCGACUCGGCACACCAGUGGGCAGCGGGCUGGAAGCCCUCCUUCAACAUCCACGAGUCCUGCAACAGCUCGCUGAGGGCUCAGCUCCAGCAAGGGCUAGAUGAGACGGUCCAGCUGGCCCGGCAUGCGCGCGACCAUCUCCUGCGAUGGGGGCACGCGUCCGGGUUUGCAGACAAGUACUUUGGCAACGGGUCGACGGCGCAUGCCAUCGGGUGGUACGACCGCAUCAUCGCGGCCGACAAGGCGGAGAUGCUGUUCCGCUGCGACGAUCCCGACCGCAACUGCGAGACGCAGAAGGGCUGGGCCGGCCAUUGGCGAGGAUCAAACGCCACCACCGAGACAGUCAUCUGCCCGCUGUCCUUUGCGAUCCGUCGGCCUCUCUCGUCCGUCUGCAAUCUCGGGUACACCGUCACCGGAUCCAAGCUCAACACGUACUGGGCCACGGACCUGAUGCACAGGCUAUUCCACGUCCCGACCAUCAGCGAGGGCAUCGUGGACCACUACUCUCACGGGUACGCGGGCGUCUUGGAGCUCGCCAAGAGGCAGCCAGAGAAGAGCGGCGUCGACACCGACGCGCUGCAGUACUUCGCCAUUGAUGUCUGGGCGUACGACGUUGCGGCCCCUGGCGUCGGUUGCACCGGCAAACCGCCCAAGGAGAGUCCGUCUCCGUCUGGCACAAGCAAGACGGUGCCCGCGGCAACUAGCACGACUUCCAGCGCGGCGUCUUGUCAUACCCAUGAUGACGGUGUGAUACACUGCACGUGA